AUGCAGGAUUUAAGAAUGGCAUCAAGAUACUGGCAUACUGGACUUGCAUUAGUUGUCUUGUUUCUUGCACACUUGGGUUUAGGAUGUGGAAUGGCCACUCAUAUCGAAGUAUCACAUCGUGCACAGUAUCUAUUCUCUAGGAAUAAUGGAUUUUCAAAUUUUACGACCUCGAGACCUACAAAGCGUUUAAUUGCAGACAUGCUUGCACAAAACCAGCCUUAUGUUCAAGCCGGAUCUUUCUUUCCAGAUUGGGGGUAUGCCUGUGCAGGGCAAGCAGAUGCUGCAGAAGAAGCUCACUGGCCGCCAUUUUGGAACGCAUCACUUGCCUAUUUUUCAAAAACAUAUCUUGAAUCAUCUACACCACAAUGGUUUCCGCAUGAGCCAUCACCAGAAGCGGCUGCGUUAGUAUCAUUUCUAUUUGGCGUUAUAUCACAUGGAAUUGCAGAUGUAUCGUGGCAUUCUUUGGGUAUGGACGAGGGAUUUAUUGAAGCUAUGCAGCACUCCAUGUUUGGUGGCAGCUAUUCCAAAUCACACGACAACGCAGAUGCUGGGGGCGAUUUUGCCUUUGCUCGGUUCUCUGUUUUUUCCGAUUUUUCUACGAUUUGGCACGUUCCUACAAGAGAUUUAGUCGCAAUAUACAAUAGUCUCGGAUAUAAUGUGACUUUUCCACAGCUUAAACAGUGCAUGCUACUGGGAUAUACAGCAACCCAUGCCAACCGAUUAUUGGGUAGAUUUUUAUUUCCAGGUUGGGCUACCGUAUCUCCGUUUCUUGCCGAGAAUUACUUUACAUACUUUCGUGGCGGAAUCAAUGAUAUGGCCAUGUGGGUUGCCGAAUGCUGGGUUAUUGCGAUUGACUGGUUCUCAACUGGAAAAAUAAGCAAUAUGUGUAGAAACAUGGGUGUAAAAUGGGGCUCUCUUUAUAGUUCAAAUGCAUCAUCUCAUCUUGAACCUUCAAUCCGUUACACUCAGGAAAUGGAUCAAACAUGGCAGGAAAAGACUAAAAAGAAACCUGUAAAAAAAACAAAGCAUGCUUUAGAGGAAUGUUUUCAUCACACGCUGUCGACUGAUCCCAGAUACGUUGAUAUCAACGACAAUGACAAAAUGUCUACAAUUCAAAUGCGCUCAGUCUUUGAGAAUACGGCCAUUCCGUUGCUGCUUUUGCGUUGCUCAUCAAACAUGAGCACACUGUCUGCAGAAACCCCUGAAAACCCUCCAAUGCAAAUAUCCACACUUUUAUCUCUUUUGGCUCAAAGGGUUGGCGAAUUGGCUUGGACAGCCUUGAGUCAUAUACAGUAUCUUUUUAAAGCAUAUUGGUUUCCCACAUGUCAGAUGGUGGAGCACCUGUCUUCACCGCAAAAGUAUAUUGCACUUGUUUCUCGUCAAAACUAUGCUGCGCUUGGGACGGCCAUGAUUACUGGAGAUUUUGAUUGUGAUGGUCAGCCUGAUUUAGCAAUCAGCGCGCCUGGACAUUCUUCCUUUUCAGGUGCGGUAUUUCUUACCUAUGGCCAUGCUCUAGCUAAAAAGGGGCAUUUUCGAAAUGGGUUUAUUGAAGACGCAGCUAGUGUAAUACUAAAGCAAAAUAAUAGCGACCCUAAUACCGUUGGAGCCAGAUUUGGAGCCUCCUUAGCAGUUGUUGACUUGAAUCAAGACGGAAUCGACGAUCUGGCAAUAUCUGCACCCAUGUAUCGAUCACACAGUCCCGAUAUCGAUGCAGGAUAUGACGGAUGCAUCUAUGUUUUGUUUGGUCACAAAGGGAGUGGACUGAGAAAUGAUGGCCAAUGGGACAUUGUCAUUAAAGGAAAGGUCAUACGAACGGCCAAAAGGGAUCCACGUCAAUCGAGAUUUGUCGAUGAUCAGUUUUUGGUUUUGGGAACGUCACUCAAAGGGCUAGAUACAGAUGGAGAUGGAUUUUUAGAUCUUGUUGUUGGAUCACCGUUUGCUUCGCCUGUUCGUGGAACUCACCAGAGGGGAAUGGUACAGGUUUUUCAUGCAAAAUCAAAUCACACAGGUGUAAAAUCAUACCAAGAUGCAGACUGGACUAUAUCAGGUUCACGCGACUACGAAUGGUUUGGGAAAUCGCUAGAUGUCCAAGUUGAUGGUACGCGUCGGUUUCUUUUAGUUGGCGCACCAGGAUAUAAGUAUGUUCAUUUAGAUGCAUAUGGGUAUUGGUACGAAACAAAUGCAACAAAAAGCAGUGGUCGAGUGCUUGGAUAUGCACUGGGGAUAUCACAACGACCAAUAUUGAAAUUUACAGUCGCGAGUAGAGUGGAUUAUGCGCAGUUUGGGUCAACAAUGACCAUACUUGACAAUGGAGUUAUAGCUGUUGGUGCUUGCUCACAGACAUCACCAUUAUCAAUUAGACGGCCCAUGAACUUUGCAGGGCUGCUGAUUUCCCAACAAGCUGCAGGGUAUCAGUCUGGGAUUGUUUAUACACUGAAUAUGACAGGUGCUGUAGGUGAUCUAAUUGUUUAUGAAAGUAUUCAUCCCAUCGCUGAACUGCACGGAACAGCCAGUCUUGGUCACUUUGGAUCUACUUUACAAAACGAUAUAGGCCAAAAUGGCACGUAUAUAUCUGAGCACAUGGUAGCAGCAGGUAUGUAA